CUCUGAUACUCCAAUGGUUUCAGCUGCUGUUGCGUCGUCGUCUUCCUCCUCUUCUUCUCUCGGAGCUGGAGUCGACGAUGCUUUCGAAGACGACUCUUGCAGUAUUUGCCUCGAUCCUUUCACCGCUCAAGACCCUGCCACUGGAAAGGAAAAAAGAAGGUGAAUGUAUCAAUUGGAAUCGAAUUUAGAAAGUACUAACUUUGCGGUACAAUUACGUAGUGAUUAUUUUUUUUUCUUUAUAAAGUUGAGGUAAAUUUAUGAUCUCUAAUUGCUUCUUACUGCACCAUUUUCUUUUUAAGAGAACUGUUGAUGUGAAAUAAUUUCCUUUUAAACCCAAAAGAAAAUCUGUUGAUGAGAAAUAAUCAUAAAACCAGGAUCCUGGGAUCUCUUCUUCUUGUUUUUUUUCUUUUUAAUUUCUUCCCAACAUAUAUUUUCUUGGUCUUUAUAUUCUAGUUUAUGAUCUCCAUGAGAGAUCGAUGAUACAACAACCAAUACUAGAAUUGACUCUAGGAUGCUUUUAUGGAUACUAUUGUUUCGUCUCUAUUGUUGUUCUAUAGCGACCCGUUGACUACAACUUGUCAAAUGUUAUAGCUCUUGUUCUUUUUCUCAACAUGAUUGUUUGUGAUGGAUUGUUGUCUUUAGGUUUUAAGUUUACUAUAGACCUCUGGACUUGUUUCUUGUCUCAGGUUACCUGCUGCAAUCAUGAAUAUCAUCUUCAGUGUAUUCUUGAAUGGUCGCAGAGAAGCAAAGAAUGCCCAAUUUGCUGGCAGCUUCUUGUCCUGAAAGACCAUGCCAGCCAAGAACUUCUAGCCGCUGUCGAGACUGAGAGGCUCUUAAGGUCAAGGAACUCGACUCCUGCAUCCAUGAUCGUUCCUCACUUGGAUGAUGAUUAUGACAUAGAACAGGAUUCCUAUUCAGAUGACUCUGAUUUCGAUGAGCAUAUCAUGCAGCAUCUUGCUGCCGCUGCCUCCAGCAGAGCUCAUCAUGUUCACGAAAGGGAGAGGCAGAGGUCUAACGGACUUGGUCCCUCCCAGGUUAUUGCCUUUACCUCUCCUGAACAUGUAGCCACUGUUCAGCAAACAUGCACUUCACCAGAAGAAGGUCAAACUUUAAUUCAUGGCUCAUCAGUGAUCAAUUCACCAACUCCUGACACACUAUCAGUUAACGUUCAAAAUUUGUCAUCUGUGACCCCUCCUGACGUGAACCAAGUUUCUACUACUGCUGUCAAUAGCCCCUUCAAACCCAGGAUUCUCUUUAGACAGCCACCAACUGAUACACCCCAGGAGCAAGGUUCAUCGGAGGUGCUAUCUCUCUCAGACUCUAUUAAAUCUAAAUGGUUUGCUGCUUCAGCCAGGUACAAGGACUCACUUUCAAAAAGUACUAGAGGCAUAAAGGAAAAGCUAGUUGCAAGGAAUAAUUCGGUCAAGGAGCUGAGCAAAGAAGUUCAGAGGGAAAUGAGUGCAGGAAUUGCUGGUGUUGCACGAAUGAUUGAGCGCUUGGAUCUUACCACAAAACGCACGGGACCCUCCAUGUCUGAUUCUGGUUUUACUGGGGCAACUUCAAAUUUCUCCUGGAAGGGGAAGGGUGUGGAACAGAACAUCAUUGCUCAGGCUUUGGCCAAAACAAGUGAGGAAAUUGAUCGUGAUACAAGUUUAGGUGCAUCCUCACAUGCCUCUGGUACUGUCCAAGCCCGAGUGGAAAUCUCCCAUGUACAGAGAGGUCAUUAAUGCCAUGGUGCUCGUGCCUGGCAGCUUGACUGUGUUUUACCUUAUCAUCUGAGAAGGCAUUUGAUGCAAGGGACGUGCUGUGAAGAAUCCUUAUCAUCUGAGAAGGCAUUUGAUGCAAGGGACGUGCUGUGAAGAAUCCAAGUGCCUGUUGGUUUGCGUCCUGCAUCGAAUAUUUAUGCACUGUAACAGUAACUAAGAAUGGAUUGCUGUCCCGGGAUACUAUUUCUUUUUGAAGAGGUUAAGAUGAGUAGUAUAUGGAUUCUUCUUAACAUUUGCUUUUCAACUGCAAAGAAACUUGAUGUUCUACCUUGUCAUGCCCACUUCUGCUUAAAAAUCAAAAUAACAAAGAAACCAGACAUUCACGUUCUA